AUGGGUGGAGUUACCGUACGCGAUGUCGAUGCGCAAAAAUUCAUCAACGCCUAUGCCGAUUUCCUGAAGAGACAGGGAAAGCUCCAAAUACCAGGCUGGGUUGAUACCGUCAAGACGUCACACUCCAACGAACUUCCUCCUCAGUCCCCCGAUUGGUUCUACGUUCGAGCUGCUGCUGUGGCGCGACAUGUCUAUCUCCGAAAGUCUGUUGGUGUUGGCCGCCUGCGAAAGGUUCAUGGAAGCACAAAGAACCGUGGCUCAAGACCCUCGCACCACGUCGACGCCUCGGGAUCGGUUGACCGAAAAGUCAUGCAAGCUCUGGAGAAGCUAGGAAUCUUGGAGAAGGUUGAUGAGGAUGAUGAAGGUGCGAGCGGAAAAGGUGGCCGAAGAAUCACGCAAGCCGGUAUGCGAGAUCUGGAUCGUAUUGCUCAAACCGCGGUCGAGGGUGAUGAGGACGAAGAAUAA